CCUUUCUGGAAGUGUGCUUUUGACACGCUAUAGACGUGGGAGUCUGGUGUCUUGGCAUUGCUGCCGCUUUCUUUGCCUUCAACUGCUUCUGGAUCAGUGCCAUGCGUGUAGCUGUGAUUGGAGCUGGCGUGAUCGGACUGUCCACGGCCAUCUGCAUUCAUGACCAGUACCACUUGACACAUCAGCCACUGGAGAUUGAGGUGUAUGCUGACCGAUUCACACCUCACACCACCAGUGAUGGGGCAGCUGGACUCUGGCAGCCAUACCUUUAUGACAAGGGAAACGCCCAGGAAACGCUCUGGAAUAAAGAGACUUUUGAUUACCUGUUGGAACACAUUAAUUCUCCAGAAGCACAAGAAAUGGGGCUUUUCUUGCUCUCUGGCUACAACCUCUUCACCCAGCCGGUCCCAGAUCCAUCAUGGAAAGAUAAUGUCUUGGGAUUUAGGAACUUAACGCAGAAAGAGCUCGAGCUCUUCCCUGGUUACAGUUACGGCUGGUUUAAUACAGCCCUGAUGCUGGAGGGCAAGACCUACCUCCCGUGGCUCACAAACAGGUUAAAGGCACGGGGAGUCAAAUUUUUUCAUCAGAAAAUCAACUCUUUCCAAGAGUUGAUGGCUCAAGGAGUGGAUGUCAUCAUCAAUUGCACUGGGGUUCGCGCUGGAGAGCUGCAGCCAGACCCUGAGUUGCGCCCAGGUCGGGGACAAGUCAUCAAGGUGGAGGCUCCCUGGGUGAAGCAUUUCAUCAUCACCCAUGAUACUGAAUCUGGAAUUUAUAAUUCACCUUACAUCAUACCCGGGAGCCAGCGCGUGACCUUGGGGGGGACUUUUCAGCUGGGAAACUGGAACGAAGAGAACAGCUCUCGUGACCACCGAAAUAUUUGGCAAGGCUGCUGCCAGCUGCUCCCGAGCCUCCAGAAAGCCAAGAUAGUUGAUGAAUGGACUGGCCUCCGCCCAGCCCGGCCUAAAGUUCGGCUACAGCGCGAUGUUGUUCGCCAUGGACUUUUACAAUCAGAGGUGAUUCACAACUACGGCCAUGGAGGUUUCGGGAUCACCAUCCACUGGGGCUGUGCAUUGGAGGCAGCCAGAUUAUUUGGCAGGGUCCUAGAAGACCGACAGCGGCCAAAGCCAUGCCACGCCAAGCUCUGAUUGUUUAGAGAAACAAGAAUAGAGCACAACAAACUCAGCUGAUAUACUGAUCUCUUUUCUUCAACAUGAAAACGUGCCUAGUUUAGAAACUGGACAUUCAAACACAAGAGAAACAUUCAGUGUUCUUUUUCAGCAAGCAUUGAGAAAUACGAAGACCACUCAUCACAGCAGAGGCGGAGAAUCACUUUUCCCUCUCGACAGCAUUGCACUUUUAACAAACGGAUGGGCAGAAUUCUGAAAGCCAGAAUUAAGAUUAAUUCCACAAGACCCCUUUUUAAAAGAAUGAACCAACAGUAUUGUAUCUGUUCCCAAGUGAAAAAUUCAGAACAGGGUUUGGAAUGGAAUCUUUGGAAGAGUUUAUUAUAUACAUUGUUAAACAGAAGUCUAGUAGCAGCUGAAAGAUGAACACAGUUUAUACUGGAAUAAAUAAAUUGUACUGGAAUAAAUUUUGUCAGCCUUUCAGGUGCCACCAGAUUUCUUCUUAAUUCUUCUGCAACAGAGUAACAUAACUACCCUCUCUGGAAUUAUAUCCUCUAGUGAUUUUAUUAUCUUAAAAAACCCAAACACGCAUGGUUUCUGAGCCUUCAUAACCUGUAACGUAUUCAUUCUACAGGAUUUCCCCCCCACAAAAAGUAGAAGAAACUUGUUUUGUAUUACUCAAGAGAAAUCCUGUGAACUCAAAUGAUGCUUGAUUCAGCUUGACAAUCCUUUUUUACAGUCAUUAUUCAGCAACAGCUCUUGUUGUAUGCAAGCAGAACCACUCCUACUUUCUCAUAGUAUUUAAUAAAAUA